AUCAGAAUUUGUAGGUUAUAGUUUUUUUGUUAUAAUUUAAUGUAACUUCGAGAUGCGAAAAGUAUCUUGUUCGAAAAAUGUUUGUUUUAUCUGAAAUGAAAGACGUUAUACGAAUAACACCACAGUAUUUUCAUCAAAGUUUGGCGGAAUCAAUAACCACACUUCUUAAUAGGAAACUUGCCAAUAAAGUGGUGCUAGAUGUUGGCUUGUGCAUAGCAUUAUUUGAUAUAACUGAUAUUGGCCACUCUCACAUAUUCCCAGGAGAUGGUUCAUCACACACAGAGGUUAAGUUCAGGUUUAUCAUAUUUAGACCUAUGGUUGAAGAAAUCCUCACAGGAAAAAUCAGAAGUUGUAGCAGAGAAGGUGUACAUGUGACCCUCGGUUUCUUUGAUGAUAUUUUAAUACCUGUGAAUGCACUACAACAUCCUUCACGCUUUGAUGAAACUGAACAAGCAUGGGUAUGGGAGUACCCAAAAGAAGAUGGCGAAAAGCAUGAUUUAUUUAUGGAUUCAGGUGAAUCAAUAAGAUUUCGUGUUACAAGUGAAACAUUUGAGGAGAGCAUACCAUCAGGACCUCAAAGUACAGAAUGUCCUGUACAGACCAUAGCACCCUACAAAUUGACAGGAGGUAUUAACGAACCAGGUUUGGGUUUGUUGACAUGGUGGGAGAGUCAGGAACAAGAUGACGAUGGUGAUGAGGAGGAAGAAGACAAAGAGGAAUGAAAAUUACUAGAAUUGUCUCUGGUUUUUUUUUUUUUACUUGAACUUGAUGCAGG